ACCCAGCUGGUGCAGUGGAUGAAAACCUCGGUGGUACAGAGGAAGAGCACCCAGCUGGUGCAGUGGAUGAAAACCUCGGUGGUACAGAGGAAGAGCACCCAGCUGGUGCAGUGAAUGACGAACACCAAGGUGGUGGUGAACUACUGCAAGAUGCACUUAAGUACAACGAUCAGCUGGAGAGCGCUUUGAAGGAAGAACGGAAGCAGCUAGAAGAAGUACUCGAGUACAGUAAACAGUUGGCGAGUAUUCUGAAGGAAGAACGGCAGCAGACGGAUAAUGUACUCGAGUAUAAUGAACAGCUGGCGAGUACUUUGAAGGCAGAGAAGUUGUACAGUGAGCAACUUGAAGAUGCUUUAAACUCCGCAACACUGAAGAUUAACGAGGGAGAAAUAUCCAGGGUACAGAUGGAGAAAGUGAUGAAAGUAAAGUUUCAGUACUGUGACGAGACUGAAGCUUCCUUGGAGGCAGAGAAGCAGCACAGUGCUCAGCUCAAAGCUACCUUGGAGGCAGAGAAGCAGCACAGUGCUCAGCUCAAAGCUACCUUGGAGGCAGAGAAGCAGCACAGUGCUCAGCUCAAAGCUACCUUGGAGGCAGAGAAGCAGCACAGUGCUCAGCUCAAAGGUACCUUGGAGGCAGAGAAGCAGCACAGUGCUCAGCUCAAAGGUACCUUGGAGGCAGAGAAGCAGCACAGUGCUCAGCUCAAAGGUACCUUGGAGGCAGAGAAGCAGCACAGUGCUCAGCUCAAAGGUACCUUGGAGGCAGAGAAGCAGCACAGUGCUCAGCUCAAAGCUACCUUGGAAGCAGAGAAGCAGCACAGUGCUCAGCUCAAAGCUACCUUGGAGGCAGAGAAGCAGCACAGUGCUCAGCCCAAAGCUACCUUGGAGGCAGAGAAGCAGCACAGUGCUCAGCUCAAAGCUACCUUGGAAGCAGAGAAGCAGCACAGUGCUCAGCUCAAAGCUACCUUGGAGGCAGAGAAGCAGCACAGUGCUCAGCUCAAAGCAGAACUUCAACUGCUGAAAGAACAGGAUAGCGAACUGAAUAAUGAUUCGCUGGAUGUUUACGUAACUUUACAGAAAGAGUUGUUGUUUGUUGAGGAUCAGUUAGUUAUCAAGAGCGAGGAGUGCGAGAGUCUGGCCGCUAACCUCACACAUCUUAAAAGUCAGGUUAAGACCACGGAAAAGAAUGCUGCAAAAUAUAAACGCCGUUUUAAAAAGGUUCAUGAAAUGGCCAGCAGUCUCAUCAAAGAGAACGAGCUUCAAGCUGAUCACAUUAAGAGUCUUAAGAAAACAGUUAACUUCCAGCGACGAAAAUACCUGAGUUUACACCAGGAAACCGAGGUUCUCAAUGUUGUAAAUAACAAUCUCCGACCCCACUCUCUGACAACAACUCAAGUUCUGGAAGAAACCACUAAAGUGAACGUACAAGAGCAAGAUAAUCUCGAGGAGGAAGACGCAGCUGAGAUAAAGCUUGAUGAUCUCAGGGAGAAAGAAAAAGCAACUGAGGUCAAGCUUGAUGAUCUCAGGGAGAAAGAAGAAAGUGAGAAGGUCAAGCUUGAUGAUCUCUGGGAGGAAGAAGGAACCGAGGUCAAGCUUGAUGAUGAUCUCUGGGAGGAAGAAGGAACCGAGGUCAAGCUUGAUGAUGAUCUCUGGGAGGAAGAAGGAACCGAGGUCAAGCUUGAUGAUGAUCUCUGGGAGGAAGAAGGAACCGAGGUCAAGCUUGAUGAUCUCAGGGAGAAAGAAGAAAGUGAGAAGGUCAAGCUUGAUGAUCUCUGGGAGGAACGAGGAGCAACGACUGAGGAGCAGCAGCUUGAUGUACUUACCGCUUAUAAACGUAAAAUGUUAAUCCACAUGAUCGAACAUGAGAAGAAACGUAAGAAGAUGGAAGAACAUAAGAUGGAAGAACAUAAGAUGGAAGAACAUAAGAUGGAAGAACAUAAGAAGGAAGAACAUAAGACGGUACAUAUCUUAUGCGUUAUGAUCUUCCUCUCAGUUGUUUUUAGUCUUCUCUGCCGCUCAAGGAAGGUUCCUUGAUGUUGGUUAAGGGCUCUUGAUUUAGGGAAUUGGAUCUGUGCUCCAGUUCCCCGAAUUAAGCCUGAAUGCCUUCCACAUCCCCCCCCCCCAGGCGCUGUAUAAUCCUACGGGUUUAGCGCUACCCCUUGAUUAUAAUAAUACUCUUCUCUGUAUUGUGACUAGUUUCUUCCCUUACAAGCAACGUAACUGGCCCCUGAGAACCCGAACUGGCCCCUGGGAACCUACCUGGCCUGGCCUCUGGGAAAUAUAGGGGUCCCAUGGGAUAUUAUAGGGGUCAGUGGGUACCCCUGGGAAGUAUUAUUAGGGGUCAGUGUUACCCCUGGGUAGCAUCAGGGGUCCCUCACUAUUUAAUGUAUAUUUUUAUUUUUUAA